AUGGCAUCGAACAAUCUUCAUAUUGGUUGGGCAGAUUAUGCUAUGUUAAUUGUUUUUCUUGGACUAUCAGUAGUCAUCGGUAUUUGGCAUGGAUGCUUCGGAAGUAAACAGACGACUACCAAAGAUUAUCUUAUCGCUGGUGGCAAAAUGAAGAUGUUACCUACUGCAAUGAGUUUAUUUGCUACUCUCUGUUCUGCAUCAACCUUGCUGGGUAUUCCUGUAGAGAUUUACAAUUUUUUUUCUUGGGUGAUUGCUUCGUUUGUAGCAAGCCACAUUUUUAUUCCAAAAUUUCGAGAACUUCAUUUCAUGAGUAUUUAUACGUAUAUUGAGAAACGAUUUUCAGUGGCAUUAUGUAUCAGUAUCACGUUGACAUUUACUAUUGGCAUUAUGCUCUUCAUGUCGGCUAUUUUGUAUGGACCUAGUUUAGCAUUAAGUCAAGUCACGGGGCUGGAUAUCUGGGUUGCAAUCAUUUCUUGUGGAGUUAUUUGCGCAUUCUACAGUAGUAUUGGUGGUAUGAAAGCUGUGAUUUGGACAGAUGUUGUACAAACCAUCGUCAUGUUUUUGGGUGUUAUUCUUUCUAUUGUCUUCGGUUUUAUCAAUGCUGGUGGAAUAUGGAAAGUAUUUGAAACAGCAAAUACAGGUCAACGAAUCAAUGUAUUCAAUUUUAGCUUUGAUCCGAGUAUACGCUAUACAAUAUGGUCAUUGAUGAUUGGUGGUUCAUUCUAUGCUAUAUCGUGUUCUUGUGUUGUGCAAACACAAACACAACGAUAUAUGUGUAUGAGUAGUACACGAGCAGCUCAAAAAGCUAUAUGGAUAAAUACUCUUAUGUUGGCUCUUAUUCUCUCUUUAUGCAGUGUGGUCGGACUCUUAAUUUAUUCAAAAUAUCAUGAUUGUGAUCCUUUGAAAGCGAAGCUCGUCUCGAGAUCAGAUCAAUUCUAUCCACUGUUUGUAAUGGAAACAUUUGAGCGUUUUCCUGGUCUUACAGGCCUUUUUAUUGCUUGUAUUAUGAGUGGUUCAUUAAGUUCCAUAUCAUCAGGUAUUAAUAGUAUUACAGCAGUGAUGGUCGAAGAUAUCUGGAAACGUCUAAUAACAAAGCGAGCACUCUCUGAUAAAUUUCAAACAAUUCUUUCAAAAUGCAUAUAUAAUUCCAAAUCGGAUAUCGAGAAAAUCGAUCGAUCUCUAUUGAUAUCUUGUCAACAGACUUUCUGCUUGUGCUGUUCACCAACGGAAAAGAAUUCAGACAUUUUUCAGGCACUACCUGCGAAUGACCAAGUGACGAAUAAAAACGGCGGAAAACAUGAGCAUAUGGAAGGUGUAGCUCCUGAAGAAAAGGAACCGAUCAUGGUUCGUUCAUCGGAAGACUCCGUUUGA